AUGAGACUUAUGGAGCCCCCAUAUGGGGAAACUAUGGAGUCCCCAUACGGGGAAAGCAUCGCUGAGGGGGCGCUGCCAGCGAGCUGUCCUGCUUCUUCUUCCUCUACAGUUUGUGGACAACCAGUGAUCUCCGGACGGAUUGUUGGGGGCCAAGCAGCCCCAAACGGGGCAUGGCCUUGGCAAGUCACUGUUUUACGUUCCACAUAUUUUAUAUGUGGAGGCUCUCUCAUAGACAAGGAGUGGGUGUUGUCAGCAGCACACUGCUUCUAUAAUGACACAAACCCUGAUGAAUAUUUCCUAUUUUUUGGAGCGUAUGAACUCUUAAACCUCACAAACGAUGUGGCAGUCAGACGUGUGAAAAGGAUAAUCAUCCAUUAUGACUACAAUGGUGCCGAUGGCUCCAGCGGGGAUGUCGCUUUACUUCAACUCUCGAUCCCUGUGGAUUUCACCAACAACAUCCUCCCUGUAUGUCUGCCAGGAUCAUCUGCAGAAUUCUAUGCAAACACCGAUUGCUGGGUGACAGGAUGGGGAAAUACACAAUAUGGAGGUGAGAAGUUGCCAUUAAACGACCCAAUGACCCUCCAAGAAGUGAACCUGCCUCUCAUCAAACGAGAAACCUGCAACAUUUAUUAUAAUAGGGUUCCAAUCCAAGGCCUGAGCUGGAAUCCUGUGAAGGCUGAUAUGUUCUGUGCGGGUUCUGAAAUGGGUGGGAAGGAUUCCUGCCAGGGUGACUCUGGAGGACCUUUGGUUUGCAAAGUACAAGGAAGCUGGUUCCAGGCUGGAAUUGUGAGCUGGGGAUUAGGCUGUGCCCUGCGCAACUAUCCCGGUGUCUACACAUCAGUGCCUUACUAUGCCAAGUGGAUUAGUGCUGGUUUGGAGGGUAGAGAUCCAAAUAGUGCUGAUUUGGGGAGUAGCAAUCCAACUAGUGCUGGUUUGGUGAGUAGCAAUCCAGGUAGUGCUGGUUUAGUGAGUAGCAAUCCAACUAGUGCUGGUUUGGUGAGUAGCAAUCCAACUAGUGCUGGUUUGGCAAGUAGCAAUCCAACUAGUGCUGGUUUGGUGAGUAGCAAUCCAACUAGUGCGGGUUUGGAGGGUAGCAAUCCAACUAGUGCUGGUUCGGGGGGUAGUCAUCCAAUUGGUGCUGGUUUGGACAGUAGCAAUCCAAAUAGUGGAUCACAAAAUGCACCUCUUCUGACACUCCUCUUGUUUCUUCUCCUGCUGAUCCUCAUGUGA